ACACGACCUUGAAUUAAGAAUUAACGUUGUUUGCUUGGUAGGGUGUGAGGGCUAUUAUUACAGUUUUUUCAUCGUCGUUUUGCCGGCUGUGUCAUGAUCAAUUGAAACAAAGUCAAGAAACUCCCUUUGGAGAAUUUCCCAGCUGUCACAUCGAUGCAUAUUAUGCGAAAUGAUUCGAUUUCGAUGUUCUGUUUCACCCACUUGGCGCACAUAUUUCGUUUCUGGCGCGCCUGAUCUCCAGCCGGUUGUCAUUGCAUUGAGCAUCGGUCCUCUAUAUACCGUGCAUCGGUCGUCUGGGUCGUCCCGCGCAGGAGCCCGCUGGUGCAGCAUAUUAUCUAGUCAAUUGUGUUCCAAGGGUGGGGAAUGCUCUGUUGUAGGGGUAAGAAUACUCCUGUUUUAGAAAUAUUAUCUGAACGGUUGCAAGGGUGUGUGUGACGUAGGUGCCCCUCUAAGCAGUGCUCCUUGAGAAUGACACCACAGACCAACCGGCAACCAACCAACCUUUUCAGUGCCUCGUUUACCUGUGAUGAUUUGAAUUAAAGAACUGAGAAGCCUUGCCUAUCUGUAUCAGCAGCAGGGAGGAUGUUGAUAUCUUAUAUUCACUGGAAGAAUGCUUCUUUGCUGUGCACAUGAUUUUUGUGAACAAUGUGAGGGAAGUGAAGAAUAUCUGCACCUCAAGUGAAUCAAAACAUAACCCAUGAAAUGUCUCAGUGGGACAGUUAUGCUUGCAUGCUGGUCAGUAAAAGUUUUAGUUGAGUAGUUAAGAUCAGCAACGGGCAUCAGGCUUAGAGACACCUCUUCAUCUUCUAGAGAGGUGUUGACAAGAUGGAGGCUUCCAAGAAUGCAGGAUCCAGAUUGUUUGUGACAAAUGUGGUAGAAUGCAAGGAUGAGUCAGAUGAGAAGUUCGACAAGUGCUACCAGCUGGUGCAGAGCCUGGUGUCGGGUGUGUCGGAGAAGGAGGCGCACGAUGCGCUCAACAGCAGCAUCUCCAAGGGGCCGCAGGCGCACGACGACAUCUCGCAGGGCCUGCUGGUGUGGCUGCUGUCGGAGCCGGCUGCCAGCAACAAGAUAUACCGGGACCUGACCCUCAUCACGAGAGACGGCUUCAGCGCCGUCAUUGCACAGAUGCAGUUUCUCAUUAUGGAAAAGUACACAAAGCUGCUCGAAUCGGUCAAACAGCAGCUUAUCUGGCUCACACGUGAGAUGAUCCGCAACUCGGUGAACGGCACAGAGGCGCUCUGUUGGAACCUGAUGCGUCAGAUCGUCGGCGGAGACGUCUCACCGAAAAACAUCUGGCUGGCAGAGAGUCUGCUCGACAUCUACGUCGAAAACAGGGCGUGGCUGGAGAAGCACUCGUUCCUGGUGGCGUCUGCCGUGUACUCGUACCUGCGGAUCAUGGAGGACCACUUUGCGCCGCAGUUCCAGGCGCUGCGACAAAAGGAGACCACGUUCGUGGUGCAACUGCUCAGAGAGAGGUUCGCUGACUGCAUGAUCAUCGGCCGCGACCUGGUGCGUCUUCUGCAGCACGUGGCGCGCAUCCCGGAGGUGGAGGCCGUGUGGCGCGACCUGCUGCACAGCCCCACCGUGCUGCUCCCGCAGUUCGGCGGCCUGCUGCAGCUGAUGCAGACGCGCACGUCUCGCCGCUUCCUGCAGUGUCGGCUCACCCCGGACAUGGAGAAGAAGCUAGUGUUCCUCACCUCCCAGGUCCGGUUCGGCAUGCAGAAACGCUACCAGGAGUGGUUCCAGCGACAGUACCUGGCGACGACGGAGUCCCAGUCGCUGCGCUGUGACCUGAUCCGGUUCAUAGUGGGCGUCAUCCACCCGUCGAAUGAGCUGCUCUCCUCGGACAUCAUCCCGCGCUGGGCCGUCAUCGGCUGGCUGCUCACCACCUGCACCUCACAGGUGGCCAUAGCCAACGCCAAGCUGGCUUUGUUCUACGACUGGUUGUUCUACGACGCCGAGAAGGACAACAUCAUGAACAUUGAGCCGGCCGUGCUGGUGAUGCACUUUUCGCUGCGGCCGCACCCGGCCAUCACGGCCACUCUGCUCGACUUCAUGUGCCGCGUGAUUCCCACGUUCUACCCGCCACUGACGGACCGGGUCUCCCGUGGCAUGUUCACGGCGCUGCACCAAAUCAUCAAGAUGCGCGUGCUGCCGUCGCUCUCCCAGCUGUUCCAGAACCCCAAGCUGGACAAGGACCUGCGCAAAAUGCUGCGAGAGUGGUUCGCUGAGUUCUGCACCGACGCGGUGGUCAAGUCUGACGACAUGCAGGAGCUGGGCGGUGAUUCGCUGCAGUCGGAGCUGGCCAUGCCCAAGUCGCCACCCGGUGACGAGGCCACCUUCAGUGACGAGGAGGAUGACGUGUCUCCAGGGAGCUCCCCGGUGAAGGCGGAGCCGCCGCCGGUGAAGGCGGAGCCCGGUGUGGUGAAGACGGAGCCGGCUGUGGUGAAGCCGCCGUUCCCGCCGACGGAACAGGCGAGCGCGCCGGCGCCGGCCCCGGACGAGUCGCCGCCGGGCGACGGGGACGGCCCCGAGCGGCCGGCCGGCUCUCCGCAGCCCGACGACGAGCUCACGGAGGCCAUGGAGGUGCUGGCGGCGCCGCUGCGGAAGGAGCUCGACAAACUGAGGAACGAGACCGAUGUGGAGCUGCAGUGCGCGGCCAUCGAGCGUCUGUGUGUGGCCGCCUGUGAGUACGAGCUUACCGAGGAGGAGAACACGGCGCUGAGCACCUGUCUGACGGCGCUCUGCAGCGAGACGCUCAACUCGAACGUGUACCCGGCGCCGGACGAGCUCGGCGAGGAGGCGCUCGAGGAUUCCAUUAGUCAGCCGCUGUUUGUGCUAAUGCGCUGUUUGUGUGACGCGCCGGAGGAGGACCCCACGCGGCAGACCCUGAUCGGCGUGCUGGCAGAGAUGAGCGAGCGGUCGCCGCGGCUGCCCUACCUGCUACUGCACUUCAUCAACGUCAGGAUUGCCAAAGAGGAGAAGGAGACCAAAGUGAAGUGGUUUGGCGUGUACAAGGAGUUGUGCCACGCGCGCGACACUAACCGUGAGCUCGCCGUCUCGGUGGUGGAGGAUCUCAAGACGUGCCAGGAGGAAGAGCAGAACCUGUUUAUCGUGCUGGUGCCCACCCUGUUCACCCACCUAAGCACCGCCUGCGUCGGCAACGUCGAGCUGAUGAACAUGAUCGUCAGCUCACUCGACUCGAAUCAGCUGCUCCAGCUGCUGAGUCACAUCGUCCAGUCGGAUCUAGUCAUGUUCAGAAAGGACUCCUUUAUGAAAGUGCUCAACGCCAGCCUCGAGUGGGAGACGUUCGAGCAGUACUGUCUGUGGCAGCUGGUCGAGGCGCACGAGCUCACCAUCGACUACAUCCUGCCGCUGCUCACCACCAUCCAGAGCCGCGAGCACGCCGAGGCGGUCAGCUGCGUCAUGCUCAUGCUGCGCAGAGAGGAGCCGUGCAUGGAGCUGGUGAAGCCGCUGCUGCAGCGCACCGCCGAGGAGCCGCACGAUGUGUUUGUCGCCUCCGUGCUGAAGUACUGGUCCACCGAGUACGAGGAGCAAACGGCGCGGCUGAUCGCCAACCUCAUCAACCGCACCAGCCUGACGCCCAACAAGCGGCGGCGCAACUCGCCGCGCUCCAACCUGCCCACCACCGAGCAGAUCCUGUGCCACCUGGACCAGAUGCGCUGCGCGCUGCGCUCCGCCUCCUUCUGGAGCAUCGACGAGGUGCAGACGGCGCUCAGCGUGGCGCAGAGCGGCUCCAACGAGGCGCAGCGCAAACGCUUCGCCGACCUGUUUGCCCUCAUUGAGGUCGAGGAGGAGGCGCGCACGCGGCGGGGGCGCAAGGCGGCCGCGCGGGGCCGCGCCACCACCAAGAGCAUUCAAAAGUCGGCCGAGACGGACUCGGAUGAAUCGUCGGAGGACGAGGAGGUGAUAAAGAAGCCGACGAAACGGAGACGAAGGAAUAAUCAGCUGAACUCGGACAGUGAUUGAGUGAGAGUCGCCGCGUGCCGGGCCGCGCGGGGCGGGGCGGCCGCCGCUACCGUGUCGGCGCGGGCCAACUGUUUUUAAUAUAAUGCAAUGUACCUGUGUAA